CACACACAUAUAAACUAACAAUGUCCAACGAUACUUGCCGCUUCGAGGAUCUCAAGGCUCAUAUUUCUGCCCCUUCUAACCUCCACGACCACGGAGACGGCCAUAUGCAUGCCAGCCACGGCCACGAACACGGUGGACGUGGUACACAGGAGCACGGGCAUACACACGAACAAAUGGAUCAUCCAGGCCACUAUGCAGAGAGACCAAAGGCUAUCUAUAACCACCGCGACUGGUCCGAGCGUGCUUUUACAGUAGGAAUUGGAGGUCCUGUUGGCUCUGGAAAGACUGCCUUGAUGUUGGCUUUGUGCCAGCGCCUCCGUGAAAAGUACUCUGUAGCUGCAGUAACCAACGAUAUCUUCACCAAGGAGGAUACCGAGUUCUUGGUCAGAGAAAAGGCUCUUCCCGAGGAGCGUAUUAUGGCUAUUGAGACCGGAGGAUGUCCCCACGCUGCUAUUCGUGAGGAUGUAUCGGCAAAUUUGAAUGCACUCGAGGUUCUCCACGCCAAAUUCAACACACAAUUGCUCUUGAUUGAGUCUGGUGGUGAUAACCUUGCAGCAAACUACAGCCGUGAAUUAGCUGAUUAUAUCAUCUAUGUUAUUGAUGUUGCUGGUGGAGACAAGGUUCCUCGCAAAGGAGGUCCUGGUAUUACCCAGAGUGAUCUGUUGGUUGUUAACAAGACUGACUUGGCUGAAAUCAUCGGUGCCGACCUUGGUGUUAUGGCCCGGGAUGCCAAGAAGAUGAGAGGAAAUGGCCCUACUGUAUUUGCACAGGUCAAGAACGGUGUUGCUGUGGAUGAUAUCAUUAACUUGAUUUUGGGUGAAUGGCGCGCCAGUGGAGCUGCUGAAAACGCUUAAUAAUUAAAAAUAAAAAAAAUUAUAUAACCC